CUUACCCAAUCCGUGCGUAAAGCUAUUUUGGAAAGACAGUUGGACAUCCAAAACUAGCUUUUUGGAUGGUCACCAGAGUCAAAUGAUCACGGACGGAAACCAUUGAAACCUAAAGAAAUUACAAGUUGAUAUCGCUGCAAACACUGACUUCAUUUUUUUCUUUUUUUUUUUCUUUUUUUUUUUUUUUUGACUGUCUUUUACAAGACAAUCAGAAGUUUUCUCCACCUAGAGCCUUGGCUAUUGCCUGACCAGCCUUGGAUGCCAGGAACUCGCCACUAUAACAGGUCAAAGAGUUCUUUGUUUUCCCACAUAGAUUCUUGGUCAUGUUUGCUUUUAGCAACUGGAGAUAAAGCUGUAGCAAAAGCCUGGUGUGGUUGUUGGAGAGAGGGAGUGUGAGCGCGCUCUCGCCUGACCAGACAAGACAAAUCUGUGAGGUCGGGGUAAGAAAAGCGGUGUCUCCAAGGAUGACUUUAGGGACAGAUAUGUCCGACAGCUCUGCAUUGUCUGAAGAUGUGGACAUCGAUGUGGUUGGUGGUGACAUAUCCGUCGGAAAGGACGGAAAGUAUAUUCACCACGAGUUCAACUUGGACAAUGACUCGGACGAUAAUUACUCCCAGAACGCGGCUGAGAGAGUUUCCUCUCCCGGGCUCAGCAGUUCCGAUUGCACGUCAGACCAGCUGGGAUCCAGCGCAGAGACGGGGACUAUAAUUGGAGACAAACCCAGAAAAAGUGCACUUGUGAAACCACCCUACUCUUACAUUGCCCUGAUCACCAUGGCCAUCCUGCAGAGCCCCAAGAAGCGUCUAACUCUCAGCGAGAUCUGCGAGUUCAUCAGCAAUAGAUUUCCAUAUUACCGGGAAAAAUUCCCUGCGUGGCAAAACUCUAUUCGCCACAAUCUGUCUCUAAAUGACUGCUUUGUGAAAAUUCCCCGGGAGCCCGGGAACCCUGGAAAGGGCAAUUAUUGGACCCUGGACCCGGACUCAGCUGACAUGUUCGACAACGGGAGUUUCUUGCGCAGGAGGAAGCGCUUCAAGAGGCACCAAAGUAAUGAAAUCCUCAGGGACUCCGGCGGCUUUUUGCCUGGAUUUGGAUACGGGCCAUACGGAUACAACUACGGACUUCAACUGCAGAACUUUCACGCAGCCCACAACCCUUACCACCCACACCACUCAAGUAGUUCAUUCCCAUUUACAAACGCCCCUUGCACCUUGCCCACAUCAGCCUCCUUAUUCCCAGCACCGCAUCACCUUCCCUCGCUUUUAGGGGCCGAUUUGAGAAAGCCUUUUUAUCCUCAACUAAGCCCGUCCCUGCCGCCCGUCAAGACGGACUCCAGCACCCCGACUCGGCCUUCGUUCUCCAUUGACAAUAUCAUAGGAGCUGCUAACUCCACCACCUCCUCCUACAGCGCGCAGGCGGGCAGCCAGGCUCAGAUUCUGGCCAUGCUUUCCCCAGCACUGGCCUCCGCUUCCAGUCACUUGAACUUAUCACAGGAGACUAUAUUACAACCAGCGCCACAGAGUCAGACAUUUCCCACCAAAAACCCAAAUAUGAACACUUGUCCUUUCUAAAGAAAAAGACUAAUUAAAAGAAAGAAAGAAAAAACAAAACAAAAAAAAGAAAGAAAAAAGAAAAACAAACAAACAAAAAAAAACAUAGCCUCAGAAAAAAUGUGACGUCGUCCUGUGUGAAGGUAGGGAGAACUUUCUUACUGAAGUAAGAGAGUUUUUGACUCUGUUUCCUAACUAUGUAAAAGGAGAGAAGCUUAUUUAUGGGUUGUAAAUAUGUGUAUAAUAGCGAGAGAAAGAAGAAACUCGGAGAAAGAUCUUUUAAAACCGUGCUGGACUUUUCUCCUUUUUUGUGAUGGGAGGUAAAAGAAGCAAAUUCUGAUUGUUUUAACAUAAGUUAAAUUUGUCACCAGUGACUACGGGAUCAUGUCCUUCUUUAAAAAUAUAAUUGAAAAUUUUAUUAUCAUUUAUAUUGUGUCUAUUUUGUGCGUCGUAAGGAAGUAACACUGUUGUUGUUGACGUAUAGGCUGACAAGAGACGGCAAACUCAGGUUUUACUUAGAGAGCACAUGAAGAAAAAGGAGUUCUGAGAUGAAAAAAAUCUAAAAGAAAACAAAAAUUACAAUCACAGAAUCUCCUUUAUAAGGUAAACUUGUGACAAUAGGCCUAUCAUUUCUUGUCAUUCGGCACGUAGUUUUUAUGAUUUUGGGAUUACAGAACGUAAUAUCUCUCUCAACCUUCUAAAUGUUCGUUCCUGCAUAUUCACAAUUUAUUCUGUGAAACAUACAGUAUGUCAUGUGUUGCCAGUAGACAAACGCCUAAAUGUUCAUAGGUCAUUUUUUUGUUGUAAUGAUGAAAAUAAUAAAUGUUUGUGGAUUUUUUUUUAAAAAGAACUAUCGUUACCUUUUUAUUGUAUGUAAAAUUCCUCCUGAAAUUAUUUAAUGAAAUAGAAUAAACAGCAGCGCAUGA